CCAGGUUAUGAAGGCAGAAUGGAGUUCCCGGACCACAGCCGGCAGCUGCUGCAGUGCCUGAGUCAGCAGAGGCACCAAGGAUUCCUGUGCGACUCCACUGUGCUCGUAGGGGAAGCUCGGUUCCAGGCUCAUAGAGCUGUGCUGGCUUCCUGCAGCAUGUACUUCUACCUCUUCUACAGGGACCAGUUAGACAAAAGGGAGAUUGUACAUCUGAACAGUGACAUUGUCACGGCCCCAGCCUUCAGCCUGCUGCUUGAAUUCAUGUAUGAGGGCAAGCUGGAGUUGAGCAGCCUGCCCAUCGAGGACAUCUUAGCCGCUGCCAGCUACCUCCACAUGUAUGACAUUGUCAAAGUCUGCAAGGGUAAACUAAAGGAAAAAGAACUAGUGAUUGAGGAAGACAAGGACAGACCCUUCCUGGGCCCCAGCAUAGCCCUGGGCCAUGAGUUAGAACUGCCUGGCCAGCCAAGAUUCAGUCCCCUAGAGUAUGACCGGUCUGGGGCCCACCCCACCUGGUCUAACAACCUCAUGGGACCGUCCUCGCUAUCGAAAAAAGCUGAGCUAAGUCCGAGUCCUGGGAAGGCCAGACCCUUGGAUAAUGGUGUGGGGGUCUCUCUCUCUCAGAGGACUGAGCUCCCAAUACCCAGCCAGGCCCCUGGUGACUCGGAGUGUGCUUUGGAUCUGUCUCUGAAGCCGAUUUCAGGGAGGGAUGCCCUCCACACCUCCUACGUCUUCAGACAGCUGGCUUCUGAUCAUCGGCAGCAGCAACAGGAAGCUGAACUGAUGGUGAAAGAUGAACAGGACUCAUUGUCAGACCAGGAAGAUGGCAAGGCAAGGAGUCCAGAGGGCCAGCCAUUUGGACCUGUGGCUAAAAGUCUGGUCACAGGCCUGGGCCACAUGUUUCAUGGCCAGGAAGAUGAGCUGGACCCAGACCGGGAUGAUAGCGAAGAUGACCUGGAUGCAUCAGACCUCUCUGCUUCCGAGGUGCUGGGGCCCCCCAGUCACAUCUGCAUCUGCCCCCUCUGCAGCAAGGUGUUCCCCAACCCCCACGUCCUACAGCUGCAUCUGAGCUCUCACUUCCGGGACAAGGAUGGUGGUUCAAGGGCUCGAUUGUCACCAGAGGGGUCAGUGCCCACCUGCACACUAUGUGGAAAGACCUUCUCGUGCAUGUACACACUUAAGAGGCAUGAGCGGACACACUCGGGCGAGAAGCCGUACACUUGUGUGCAGUGUGGCAAGAGCUUCCAGUACUCACACAAUCUUAGCCGGCAUGCGGUAGUACACACUCGAGAAAAGCCUCAUGCCUGCAAGUGGUGUGAGCGCCGUUUUACACAGUCUGGGGAUUUGUACCGGCACAUCCGAAAGUUUCACUGUGGCCUUGUCAAGUCCCUGGUAGUUUGAAGUUUUAUGAAGGAGCUGGAGUGUGUGAGAGAGUGAGUGUGUGUGUGUGUGUAUGUGUGUGUGUGUGUGUGUAUAUGUGUGUGUGUAUGUCUUUUUGGUUUGGAGAAUGGUUGUACCUAUGCUCUUUUGGUGCCCCACAGCAGCAUCCAGCCAGAGGGGCUUUAGGCGUAAGGCUGGGCUGUCCUACUGUAGUACAGGGACAUGCAGAAACUGUUGGGGAGAGAUGGUCUUGCAUCACCAGUCCCUGGAAUGCCUGAUCUAACCUCUGAGCUGGAGAAUUCUGAAGCCGCCUCUAGAAAAGCCUUUUCUCUAGAGGUGUGAUUAGAUGCCAAGAGGUCCUGCCUUUUGAAGUUCUUACCUUGUGGUUUUUUGGUCUUUUUUUUCUUUCUUAGCUCAAAAAGAAGAGAAUGCGCUUCUUAGAAACUAAAAUGCUUUCUAUGCUGACCUCUUUUUCUCCCAACUGGGCUCCAGGCAGCAAUCACCAAGGGGCAGGGAGAUAGAGAAACCUCCACUUAACAUUCUCUCCCUGAUGGUUUCUCAGGGAGUUUCAUGUAGUCAUUUCUCAUUUCCACUCUUCGCUUCCUAGGUUUCUUCCUUUGAGUAUAUGUUAUUUUCAAGGUUUCUGCUUUCACUGAUCCCAUGGCAUGUCCAUCUUCCUUCUCUGGGCCUUUUGGUAUUUAAAGGAAGUUUUUGUGGGACCCACCUUUUGCUGCCUUUCCCAAUGAAGAAUAUGUCUGUCAUACAGAGUGAUGUCUGUGUGAAUUACCUAGUGAGUUCUGUUAGGGGGUUUUGGGGAUUGGCACAGAAAUGGAACCUCUUUGGUACUCGGAGAGUAGUGGGGCAGAAUUUGGUGUUCGAUGGGCCACAGAAGAAACCAAAUGGUCCAAGUUCCAUGUUCUGAGUUGGAGAAGUAGGGACUAGAGGGCUGAGAAUGGUAGCCAUGAGAGAAGCCCAGGAAGAAUAAGAGGUAUGCCCUUGCAAAGGACGGAACAGUUAUUCAAGUAUGUAUAUUGAGGCAAGUGGUGAAAAGAACAUUUGAGGUCCCCAUAUCCUGUCAGAUGUAGGAUUUAAGUCAAGAAGACUCAGCUCCUUUUAGAGACAGAAUCAAGCUGGGGACAGAAACAAGUGGGUUCUAGGUGAAGUAGCAAGAGAGGCAGAUAUGGAGUUAGAGGACCUGAGUUCACCAACUUGGAGCAACCCUUUCUAUGCAAAGUCUCAAGUGAUUGGCCAGCCUCUCCUUAGGGCCUGGGAAUUGGAUGUGCCUCAUUGAAGAUUUGUUGAUGGAGUCUGGGAGUGAGGUCAAGUUUAACUUUGCCAACCAUUUGCCCCUUUGAGUCUGAGUCCCUGAGUGUGUCUGAGCAAAUGAUGUUGAGUGUGUUUGUGGACUUGAGUGUUGCUCAGCUGGCUGCUUCCCUAACUGAAAUGGGGCUGAGGGGGAUCGACCACUGGCCUCUGCUUCCCCAUCAUCCACCUCCACUUACCUGGAAUUUCCGUAAGGUUGGUUGUUAUUAAUAGCACUGAGCUUGCUCCCUGAAACACUUCAGAUUUUACUGGGGGGAUUUUUUUUUUUUGCACAUUAGCCUAUUUGCCCUCCCUGGUUGGGCGAUGUCACGAGCACUGACUGUGGUAGGAGGUGUGUAGUUUCAGGAGGGCCAGAUGGGAACUGUUUGGCUGCAACCUGUUGGGGAGGCUCAGUUUCCUCGGGGAACUUCAGCUAGUUCUCAACGAACCCUCCUCUCCACCUCCCCCAGCACCAGCCCCUUUUGAACUCUGAAUGUAAUGUGAAAAUUCAUUUUAUUUAUGGCAUGUGUCUCAUUCAUUACCUGACUGUACCUGUACUUCUGCUGAAACUGUUACAUGGCUUUGGAAAAUGUGGUGACCUGCAUUGUCGUCCUGUGGACGUGUGACUCCGUAUCGUGGUCUUAGGCUACUGAAUAUAUAUCAAUACAUACAUUACACAGAUAGAUAGGCAUACAUAUAUAUUUUUUGCUGUGAUUGGAAAUAGCACUGAGGACAAAGUCUACUAAAAUUAAGUUAUUUUCCUUUUCUCCUGAUGAAACUUGAUGUAGUAUUUAUUAGAAGUUUUAAUUUGAAGUGAUACUAUAACUGCUAGAAGCCUUUUUUUAUUCUAAAUGAUGAGUUUAUCUCCACUGUAAUGCUUCCAAGGUUUCUUUGUUUGGUAAAGGGAGCGAGUGACUAAUAUGUUAGUGUUGGCAAGAAGGGUAGCUGAAGUUUUUCUAAGUUUUUAUUUUUUUACUUUAAAAUUUUGCAUAAUGUUUUUUGUGAUCUCCGUGAAUAAAAGCAAAUUGCAGACUCACAUAUUCCAUACCAAGCCCGGUCCAUGCCCAAGCAGUAGUGAGACAGGGGGCUGCAGGUAGGGCCAAUGUGGCUGAUGCUUCCCUUCCCUUGAUGCCCUUCAAGCAGAGGGCUGGAUUACUGCUCUUUGGUGACCACAGGGCCUAGAGCUGGAAGGGACUUUAAGGUCAUAUAGUCCAAUCCCCUUGUUUUACAGAUGAAGAAAUGGGCCUAUAGGGGAAAGGGACUUGUCUAAAUUCAGAUCUGGAUAUGGAACCUGUGUCCCCUGAUUUCGGUUCAGGCCUCUUUCUACUACAUGACAAUGAUGUCUUAUAGAGAAGAUUUCUGCCUUCGUACUGAUUGGACUUAGACGAAGCUUAAAGUUCUUUCCAACUCUUUGAUGCUGUGAGCUUAGGUCUUUUAGCCUAGGAAAGCCUAGGGAUCUGGCUAGGUCAGGCAGUUGGGUGUCAGAGACUCCAAGGUGUGGUAAUUGUGGGGAAAAAGAAGAGAAUACUUGAACUCUCACUGUAGAGAUGCUGUCUUCCUGGCUCCUGCCACUGGGCAGCUCCAACAAGGACUUUUGCACUUGUGUCUGUAUUCUGCUGAAGUGUGUGUGUGUCUGUGUAUGUGAGUGAGUGAGUGAGUGUAUGAGUGUGUGAAGGCCAUAGGUCUGAGCACAGCUCUUCCCACAGUGGGUCACUUUCUCGUGGAACAGUUGGGAGUUGCUGCCACACAUUGUCUUCCGUGUGGGUGAUUCCAGUCCUGGAGAGUUUAUUUUCUUGGAGAGCGGUCCUGCCCUAACUCGUUAACACUGGGUUUGUCGUCAUCUGCAAAUAAAUACUGUGAAGUUAAUGUAAAAAAAAUCAUC